AUGGAAACGACGGAUUCUUUCUCAGCUUGGGAGACCUUGCCUGAGGGACCCGCUGUUUACGUCAAGAGGCUUCUGGGCGACCUUCAGUCUGAAAUCGACAAUUUGCGCCAGAAGCAACAGCGUAUUUUAGCUCUCGCUAUAGCAGAUCAAAGCGAAAAGGAUGUUCUUGAGGACCAAAUCGUGAAGAUUCGUAGAAAAACUUGCGACUUACGUAAGAUGGUUAACGAGGUAGACAAUGAAUUUAACGAAUUUGCAAAGGUGUGUCAAUCAUCCGGAGAAGUGAGAAUUCGUCAAAAUCAAGUCGACUUACUGCGGAGGAAGCUACGAGAUCUCAUAAUACGUUUCAACGACACCCAUGCUGAUUACCGAUCGAGAGUCUCUGUUCGAGUUCGACGUCAAUUACGUGCAGUAGGUGAGAACGUCACAGAGGAAGAAGCAGACAAAAUUAUCGAUUCAGCCGGAAGUGAUGAGCUGUUCUAUCGUGAAGUGAAUCCUCUAUCAGUCUCAGCAAGAGCAGCAUUGACAGAUGUGAGACGACGACAUCAUGAAAUAGCCGAACUCGAAAAAAGUAUUCAAACAAUGCAGGAAAUAUUUAUCGACUUGCAGAAUUUGACCGAAGUUCAGGGUGAUAUUGUUGACAACAUUGAACGAAACGUUGUCACUACCAAGGAUCAUGUAGAAUGCGGUGCACGGAAUGUGAAAAUUGGGUUGGAGUACAAGAGAAGCGCCACACGGAAGAAGAUUCUAUGGAUAUAUCCAACACUGUUCAACAUGAACUCCCUGACUAUCAAGGGCUUCCAUGACUGCUUCAAUCUCAUUUGA